GCUCUUGGACGAUAUUUCAACUUCUCACCGUACGCUAUUGAGCAGUUUGCCAACACCGCCACAGCCCUUUGACACAAACGCCGCCGUCGGAAGAAGAGCUCCCGACACAGAGAGACCUUUUUGCUUUUGAUACCCCGAUAUGGUAGCAGCAUGCGCCGAGUCGUCGUGACGGGUCUGGGGGCCAUUACGCCGCUGGGAGUUGGCGUUGAGAGGACCUGGGCGCGCCUGAUUGCGGGCGAAUCGGGCUUGCGCAGCGUCGUUGGGUUGGAGCCAAAGGACCGCUGGGACGAAUUAACAAGCACAGUAGCUGGCAUUGUGCCCAAGGAGCACGAGCCGAAUGGCUGGAGAGCCGCCGAUUGGGCAUCGCCGCCAGACCAGAGGCGUCAGUCGCUGUUUGCGCAGUAUGCCGUAGCAGCUAGUGAUAUGGCGCUCAAAGAUGCUGGAUGGGGGCCAACAAAGAUUGAAGAUUUGGAUGCUACUGGUGUUUGCAUUGGCAGCGGCAUUGGCAAUCUUGAUGAAGUCUACAACACCAGCAUAGAGCAUCACACAGGGGGCUACAAAAAAGUGUCGCCAUUGUUUGUCCCAAAGCUUCUUAUCAAUCUUGCUGCGGGCCAUGUUGCGAUGAAGUACGGCUUUCACGGCCCUAAUCACGCAGCUACAACGGCGUGUACAACGGGAGCGCAUUCUAUCGGCGAUGCAUCACGGUUUAUUGCCUUUGGAGACGCAGAUGUCAUGGUUGCCGGUGGAUCAGAGUCUUGCAUACACCCAUUGACUUUUGCAGGCUUUGGUAGAGCAAGGUCUCUGUCUACAGCGUUCAACGACGAGCCAGAAGCCAGCUGCAGACCGUUUGAUGCGCUGCGCAACGGCUUUGUGGUGGCAGAGGGAGCUGCCGUGUGUAUCCUCGAAGAGCUGGAGCACGCAAAGGCGCGAGGCGCAAAGAUAUAUGCGGAAGUCAAGGGCUACGGCUGCAGUGGCGAUGCGCACCACAUGACGGCCCCGCGAGAGGAUGGCCAGGGUGCGUUCCUCUCCAUGACGAGAGCCCUCAAAAACGCCAAUGUGAAGCCUGCGCAGGUCGACUAUAUCAAUGCCCAUGCCACGGGAACACAAGUGGGAGAUGCUGCCGAGGCUGCUGCCAUACGCCGGCUUAUGCUAGGACCUGAGGGCGUAGACUCUGAGGCUCAAGUGACGGUGAGCAGCACAAAGGGUGCAAUUGGCCACUUGCUUGGUGCUGCGGGCGCUAUUGAAGCUCUAUUUGCCAUUCUGGCAAUCCACAAUAAUGUUGUACCACCAACGAGAAACCUGGAGAGCGCCAAUGUUGGCCCAGCGUUCAACUUUAUACCCAAGACUUCCCAAGAAAAAGAUGUACGCGUGGCUCUUACAAAUAGCUUCGGGUUUGGAGGGACAAAUAGCUCGCUGGUGUUUUCACAGUACGAGUAGCGCGUAUGCGUAAUGUAUUAUAUGUAUUAUAGAAGUGAGAGCAUUUACUCUGGUCUAGAUGGUUCAACAGAAUGUUAUAGAAAUGUCAUAAUUUGGAAAUAAUUCUUCAU